AUGAAGCUGUGGGUGGAGUAUCACCUGAUAGUCCCAGAAACCCCUCUCAGCCUGAGGACCAUGAAUAACCAGACUUUGGUAACAGAAUUCAUCCUGCAGGGCUUUUCAGAGCACCCAGAAUACUGUGUGAUCCUAUUUGGCUGUUUCCUGUCCCUAUACUCUGUAGCACUCACAGGUAAUAUCCUCAUCAUUUUGGGCAUCACCUUCAACCGUGGGCUCCAUACCCCCAUGUACUUUUUUCUCUCCAACUUGGCUACUAUGGACAUUAUCUGCACCUCUUCCAUCAUACCCAAAGCACUGGAGGGUCUAGUUACAGAGAACAGCUCCAUCUCCUAUGGUGGCUGCAUGGCCCAGCUUUAUUUCCUCACCUGGGCUGCAUCCUCGGAGCUGCUCCUCCUCACAGUCAUGGCCUAUGACCGGUAUGCAGCCAUCUGCCACCCCCUGCAUUACAGCACCUUAAUGAGCAAGGCAUUCUGCAGCAUGUUGGCCAUAGGUGUGUGGGUACUCUGUGCUUUCAACACGGCUAUCCACACAGGGCUGAUGCUGCGCUUGAAUUUCUGUGGCCCCAACAUUAUCACCCAUUUCUUCUGUGAGGGCCCUCCUCUGUUACUUCUCUCCUGUAGCUCCACCUAUGUGAACAGCAUCAUGAUUGUCCUGGCUGAUGCCUUUUAUGGCAUGUUGAACUUCCUGAUGACCAUCGCGUCCUAUGGGUUCAUCAUCUCCAGCAUCCUAAAGAUGCGGACUGCUGAGGGGAAGAAGAAAGCCUUUUCCACCUGCUCUUCCCACCUCAUUGUGGUGUGUGUGUAUUACACUGCCGUCUUCUACGCCUACAUAAGCCCUGUCUCCAGCUACAGUGCGGAGAAGAGCAAGUUGGCUGGUGUGCUGUACACCAUAUUGAGCCCUACUCUCAACCCCCUCAUCUAUACUUUGAGAAACCAGGAGGUCAAAGCAGCCCUCAGGAAGCUUUUCCCCUUCUUCAGACAUUAA